AGACAACAACUCCGCCAUUUCCAGCCGGAGGAAGGCGGGGACACGGAGAUCUCCCGCGGAACAGAGCUCAGCCAGAAAAGUAGGUCAACUAGCAACAUCGCCGAGACGCACGCACCCAGACUCCCUUGAAAACAACAGCGUAAAACGACCUAAAUUCACCAAUUCGUCUCCAAUGCGUGUCCUCUGCGCCGCGCGGAUGUGUUCAGGUUCCGGUCCGGGCUGACGUUCAGAAGAGAAGUCGGGAUUUUGCUUAUUUUUCAACUGUUUGCGAGCGAUCUGAAGGGAGACAACAUGAGUAACACGCAAAACAGCUCUCUCAGGCCCUCAAGAAUGAAAAGGAGGUUGAGCAGAGAAGGUGAGGACAGUCCCUCAUCCUGUGAGGGGCCGACGGACUCCUGCAAGAGGGUCAGACAGCCCACAGAGGACUCUGGAGAUCUGCCACCCGACUGGGCUUGCCUGCCGCAGGAGAUCCUGCUCCACAUCUUCCAGUUCCUGCCUCUCCUGGACCGCGCCUUCGCCUCGCAGGUCUGCCGCGGCUGGAACGAGGCCUUCCACAUGCCCGAGCUGUGGAGGUGCUUUGAGUUUGAGCUCAACCAGCCCGCCAGCUCUUACCUGAAGGCCACCCAUCCUGACCUGAUAAAGCAAAUCAUCAAGAGGCACUCCAAUCAUCUACAGUACGUCAGCUUCAAGGUGGACAGCAGCACAGAGUCAGCGGAGGCUGCGUGUGACAUCCUGUCUCAGCUGGUCAACUGCUCUCUGAAGACGCUUGGACUGAUCUCCACUGCUCGGCCGAGCUUCAUGGAGCUGCCGAAGUCCCACUUCAUCUCUGCACUCACCGUGGUGUUUGUCAACUCCAAGUCUCUGUCGUCUCUGAAAAUUGACGACACGCCAGUGGAUGAUCCUUCUCUCAAGGUCCUGGUGGCCAACAACAGUGACACACUCAAGCUGUUGAAGAUGAGCAGCUGCCCACAUGUGUCUCCUGCAGGUAUUCUGUGCGUGGCUGAUCAGUGUCACGGUCUGAGAGAGCUGGCUCUGAACUAUCACUUACUGAGCGACGAGCUGCUGCUGGCGCUGUCCUCCGAGAAGCACGUGCACCUUGAGCAUCUGCGCAUAGACGUGGUGAGCGAGAACCCCGGCCAGCAGUUCCACACCAUCAAGAAGAGCAGCUGGGACGCCAUGGUGCGCCAUUCGCCCAAAUUCAACCUGGUCAUGUACUUCUUCCUGUACGAGGACGAGUUUGGGCCCUUUUUCCGUGACGAGAUCCCCGUCACGCACCUGUACUUCGGCCGCUCGGUCAGUAAAGAGGUCCUGGGCCGCGUGGGCAUGAACUGUCCGCGUCUGGUGGAGCUGGUGGUGUGUGCCAACGGUCUGCGGCCGCUGGACGAGGAGCUGAUCCGUAUCGCCGAGCGCUGCCAGCACCUGUCAGCCAUCGGACUGGGCGAGUGCGAGGUCUCCUGCAGCGCUUUCGUGGAGUUUGUGAAGAUGUGCGGCCGCCGUCUCUCUCAGCUCUCCAUCAUGGAGGAGGUGCUCAUCCCAGACCACAAAUACAGCCUGGAUGAGAUCCACUGGGAAGUGUCCAAGCACCUCGGGCGCGUCUGGUUUCCAGAUAUGAUGCCCACCUGGUGAAAUGUGUUCAGAAGACUAUAAAAAGUUUGGUAAUCUUGACUCGAUGGUUUCCAAGUCGCUUCACAAGGUUUGUACAUAGAUGUGAAUUGAGAUGUAAAGUCCCGCACUGCUAUAAUGAAUGAACAUGGACUGUUGUAAAGGGACAGUUCACGCAGAAAGGAAAAUGUUGUUAUUUACUCACCCUUAAGUCCUUAUUGGAACAUGAAAGAAGAUAUUUUGAAGAAUGGUGAAUAUAUUUAUAUAUGUAUGUAUGUUUUGUACAGUAGAAAGUCAUACAGGUUUGUAAAAUGGCAUGAGGGUGAGUGAAUGAUGACAGCAUUUCCAUUUUUGAGUGAACCAUUUCUUUAUUAAUGACAUGUUGUGGUAAAUCUCCAUCUAACAAGUCUUAUUAAAAAAAAUAACAUUUCACCUUCUUAUUAAAACUCAGAACAUUAUAAUUCCUCUGAAUUAGAUGAUGCAUCAAAAAGAGAUGAAGCACAUUUAAGGACCAUUAAUAUUUUUUUUUUUUACCAUUAAUAACAUUUAAGCAUUGUUUCCAGUCAUUCUCAAUAUGAUUAUUAUUGUUUGACUUAUUAAUCCAAUUAGAUUCUCAUUACUGUAAUAAAGUGAUUGUAAUCAGCAUAUGGCAGUGCAUCAAAAUCCACUAUGAUCUAUAUUUAAUCCCGCCAGGAUCUAAAUACUUUACAGUUGAGAUCACAAUGCAAAAGGAAAGAAAAUUAAUGUUAUUUAUGAAUAAAAACUUUGUAUUUUAGAUUUUUGAGGUGUAGUAUAACCUGGACAUUUUGUUAGAUUUACUAAUUUAUCUUUUCGGAAGUGUUUCCUUUAGGAAACUAAAUCAAGAAAGGCUGUACAUGCCACACCAUGUAUAUACUGUAUGUUGCACUUUAAGAUUAUUUUGUGGAAAGAAAAGAAAAAGUGGGGAAAAAGUUUAAAUUAGAAAAGAAACUGAAAACUUAUUUAGAUACAGAUAUUCAUUAUUCUUUAUGAAGAUGAAUGAGUUUUCUUCUUCGGUGGCUCAACAUUGUACCAUAUUUCCAAACUCAAUCUCAAGUAAGGUCAUUCUUAUAUCAGAGCACAGACUGGGAUUUAGUUAAAAGCGUUUUAAGCAAUCUUCAGCAGUGGCAUGAAACGCCAUUCCCUCACAUCUUAUGUUCACCAACACAAAUACAAGUUUAAAAGAAGUGCACGGCCAUCUGGGUUGGGAUUUUGGUUACUGAAGAUAGUGAACUAUAUCUUAUAUUUUACAUGAUUCAAGCAUUUUGCAUUACAUACGUUUGGCAUUAGUGCUUUCAUAUGCGCCUUAUGCCAAAUUGAAAUAUUUCUUUCUGGUGGUUUAGGUGAGAAUGUUGUUGCUCGUAGUUUGGUGUAGCAGGGAAGAGGGUGCAGAAGAAUAGUAAUAACAGCAUAUUUUCAAGCUCUUCGGUACGUCAGAGAGGAAGGAAAUUAAUAUUCGGAAGAAAAGAGUGACAGAAUGAAGCGUUGAUUGGUUUCUAAUUUCUAUUAGAUUGCAUGAGGAACGUUGUGCAAUGGCAAACUGAAUGGGAUACGACCGUUAGUCUGGAUAUACAGACGACAUGCGCCCCUUGGUUUCAGUUCAGUAUGAUUCAGUAUUGGAGUGAAGCAGUGAAAACAUUUUCCUUUAAGAAGGAAGUCCCACGUGUCUGUAUAUAAAACGAUGUGUGUUUAGACUUAUUUCUGGCGCACCCUCUGUGGAGUUUGAUGUGUAUCUGUGCUGAUCUCUUUCAGACGAGUGGGAAUUACUCCUUGAUGCAUCUUUUUACCCUUGUAAUUAGAGAUGCUCAUCAGUGUAAUUUAUUGAUAUGCUUUUUACUAUUAUUAAUCUGCUUGUAUUGGUGGUUUAGCUUUGAGUGAGAUGCUCCUUGUCGAUGUAUAUGCAUAUUAUAUCAGUUAUAAAAAGUCAAUAGCAUGUAAUCAUUUUUCUUUGCCCAUUUUCCAGAAUUAGAGCAGUUUUUGCUUUUGCAAAUUGUUGUAGCAACUAAAUUAAGUAAACCCAGAUUCCUGCCAGCUGAAAUUGUUUUUGGAAGCGCAUAGCUGGCCAAUUUGAAACACAAAAACCUUCUGUUAGACUGACUUUUUGGAAGUUCAAGCUGAGCAUUACAUCAACUCAAUGUAAACCAGAGCAUAGACUGAGAUAAAUGUACAAAAAGCGUUAAACCCAGUGAUUAUGUAAUUGAUUUUUCUGAAGUGAAGGUAUUGCUUGUAUUGCGAAUAUGAAAGCAUCACAUUUCUUUUGUGUUGUAAAAACAUCAAAAUUGUCUUUUAUUGAAAUAAGGGUGAAUAAACAUGGAAAAAAUGUG